AUGGCUGCCAAUAAUAAACCCAAUAAAUCCAUUCUGGAAUUCUUCAAACCGAAACCAGCCCAACCUGUCUCGAAGCCUUCAAAUGCGGCACCAGCGCGGCCAACAUUUCAAAGUUCCUCAGCUUCCAGGACAUCCCCCGCCCCUCAUGUUCACACUUUGAGCCUGUCUCCAGCACCAAGCACUGAUCUGUCAGAACCGCCCUUUUCCCCCCGAAAAGAGGAUAUGCCUUCCAAAUCCCAGUCGAGCGCGGAAAAAAGCUCUGACCGCGUCAUCGAAAAUUCGGACGACAACGACGAUGACUCAAGCAGUGAGAUAGAGGAUUUGAGAGUAUUGCUGGCCGCAAGAAGUUCUGAGAGAGCCAGACAAGCCAGCAAUGACAAGACACCCUCAACCCCGGCUGCCUCGAGACAGCAGAAAAGUUUCAAUUUUCACUCUUCGCCGUUGGCCGUACUACCAAAGUACAAAAUCGACAUGAAGUCGCUUGUCAGUUUUGCACAAGACGAUGAAGCAGCUGAAGAGAGCUCAAAGAAAGUCAAGGAAAUGCUUGCAGCUCGAAGAGAGGAUGGAGAUGAUGUCCCCAUAUUCCAUGAUGAGAAGAUGGCAAAGUCUAAGCUUGACCAUGAUGCCUUGCUGGACUCCGUCGUUGCAGACAAUGAAGAUGGUGGUGCUCAUAAAGUCAAACGUGCUUUAAUGAGAACCGAAGCUACGGCCACAGAAACUCGGUGGUACUUCUUCGAUACACACUCUGUACCCCUGAAGACGACACAAGAUUCUUUUCCAGUGUCUAAAGUCCCAAAGAGUUGGAAAGCUGAGCUUGGCGAGCCAAGAAUGAGGCAACAUACCUUCCUGUCUGGGUUUGCUGAAGAUAUGGUUGGAUUUGGCAAGAAGUUACCAGAUGAGCUCUUCCUUUGGAUGCUGGAUGAAAUAUGCUACGAAUCCAGCGAUCCCCUGCGAAGUGCCUACAUCAAUAUUCUAAGAGCAUCAUCAGAACAAGUGGGACGUCUUGUUGACCCUUUAAUGAUUCAGACUCUGUUCGUCAACCUCGGAGCUGCAUCUGGUGCAACAAUAGUCACCGAGAAGAUCAGACUUGUCAAUAAACUCCCUGCUCCAUAUGCACAUCGGAAUUGGGCAAAUCUACUCUCAGUCAUCAAGCUUCUUGGCCGGCUUGCCAAAUAUCUGACCUCGGCAGCAAAGAUGUGUACCAUAUGCAUGCUACUACGAAUGAGCAUGGAUAAACUUGUGGCCGAGAACAUCGACAUCUUAGAUGCAGUCCAAGAGACCACCAACCGACUUUGUCUAAGCAUCACCCAUGAAACAGAAUGGACAACAUGCUGUGCUCAAAUAUGUACUAUUCUAUUCGGUGCUGUCGAAGAAUCAACCCUCCGCCUCCAAAUGGUCGAAGUAAUCUCAUCAAUCCACCCACGCACCCACGACCUCCGCAGAAGACUAGCCAUGUGCUUCUACUUCAACGACGCCACAUAUGCCAAAUCCCACUCUCACACCCUCAUGGACAUGGAAUCAUUCAUCAACCGCCUGCACAGCCCUGACUUCGACACAAGUCCCCAAACAGACUACCGAGAAUUGACUGCCCUAAUCCUACUCCUGGACAUAGCACUCGACGACGGCCGUUCUACGAAGUUAGACCUGACGGAUGCGGCUGUGGAGAAGAAAUUCAAUGAGGAUGUCGAUGCCUUGCGUGUUGGUAUCAAGGAAAUUUUCAAUAGCAUUGGCCAUCCUGGAACUGCGUUCAUUUCGAGGAUUGAAGCUAAAGAAGCGUUGGAGUUGGUUAGUCAGAGGAUCACGGAUACAGUUAGGACCAAACGCAAGCCUAGACACACGUGGUUUGACCAAGACGUGGGCAAGAAAGAUGAGGACUUGCAGUCUGAGAAGAAGGGCAUGGCUGAUUUCGUGUCGAGGAUGAAGGGUAUAGGUAAUGGCACUAAUGGCUCAAAAGCGAAAUAA